GUCUACAGAAUAAAUUAAACGAUUCAGAUGAACUAUUCGACAUUCCAUCAAAAUACACUAGUUCAUACAUAGGAGCUAGAAUGGAGCGGGCAUUAAUUGGAAAUGUGGAUCAUUACCAACAAUAUUCAGAAGUCCUACAUGAACCUUUUAUUAGAUCAGCGUAUGGUUCUACAAGUGAAACUGUUCCUCAGGCGUCCACGCCGGUGACACCAGUGUCACGCAUUUUAGUUCGACCGACACGCAAGCAGAACGUAUCUUUAUUACGCGCCCUGCACACCUGUUUUGCAUGGCAGUUCUAUAGUAUCGGUAUAUUAAAGUUUGUGUCUGACAUGGUGGGUUUUGCUGGUCCACUCCUCCUUAACAAACUGGUCGCAUUUGUUGAAGAUGAAACUAUCGAUCAACACUUGGGAUAUGUAUAUGCAUCAGGUCUGAUGAUUGCCACUCUAGUGUCUACUCUAUUUAUUGUGCAUUUCAAUUGGUUAAUGUCAAUUAUUGGUCUUAAAAUGCGUGGCGCAAUCGUUUCAACAAUACUCAGGAAGACGCUAAGUGUGACAUCAACAACCCUUAGCACAAGCUUUUCUGUUGGUGAAAUUACGAAUUUUAUGUCUACUGAUACAGAUAGGAUUGUAAAUUCGUGUCCAAGCUUUCAUGCGCUUUGGAGUAUUCCACUUCAGUUAUUCAUUACACUCUUCCUGUUAUAUCAACAAGUGGGCAUAUCAAUUCUUUCCGGGGUAGCAUUCUCAGUAGUGUUGAUACCCAUCAACAAAUUUAUUGCGAACAAAAUCGGCGAUCUCAGCACUCAGUUGAUGAAACAUAAAGACAACCGAGUGAGCCUUAUCAGUGAUCUAUUGAAGGGGAUUCGAACUGUUAAAAUUCACGUGUGGGAAGAUUAUUUCAUCAACAGGGUGUCAGAUGCGAGGAAAGACGAGAUGCGUUACCUGCGCUGGCGCAAGUACCUGGACGCGGUGUGCGUGGUGCUGUGGGCCACCACGCCCGUGCUGGUGUCGGUGCUGACGCUCGGCACGCACGCACUCCGCAAGCAGCCGCUCGAUGCGCCCAUGGUGUUUACUACUGUGGCCCUGAUUAACAUGCUCAUAGCGCCGCUAAACGCCUUUCCUUGGGUACUCAACGGACUUACGGAAGCUUGGGUUUCAAUAAAACGUAUUCAGAAACUUUUGGAUCUUCCAGACAUGGAUAUGGAGGUGUAUUACGACAGAGUUAACACAAAUCGCGAUGAGGACAAAAUUAUUAUAUUCAAAAAUGCUACUUUCUCUUGGGUGAAUCCUUCCAAACAAAGGAAAAGUGUUAGUAAAUCUAAGAAAAACAAAGGGAAGUCCAAAAAGAGGCUAACAAGGGUCAGUAUUCAAAGAAGCGAUUCGACAUCGUCGUCCGAAGCCUUGGUGCAGGAUGAGCCAUUUUCCUUGAAAGAUAUAUCGCUGGAAAUUGGAAAAGGGGAGUUGGUUGGCAUAACUGGACCUAUUGGAAGUGGCAAAACAUCAUUAUUACAAGCUAUUAUUGGAGAAAUGUUGAAGAAAAGUGGUGACUUACAAAUACCUGAGAGUCUUAAUAGUUUUGGUUAUGUGUCACAAAAGCCGUGGUUAGUACGUGGUACGAUCCGUGACAACAUUCUAUUUGGAAAACCAUAUGAGGAGGCCAAAUUUAAAGCUGUCAUUGAUGCGUGCGCUCUCACAGAGGAUUUAAACAUUUUGGGUUGGAACGCAUAUGUGGGUGAAGGUGGCUGCACUCUGAGUGGUGGUCAACGCGCCAGAAUAUCUCUUGCGCGGGCCGUGUACCAGGAUAAAAAGGUGUACCUGCUGGACGACGUGCUGUCGGGCGUGGACGGCGCGGUGGGCGCGCACAUCCUGCAGCGCUGCGUGCUCGGGCUGCUGCGCCGCACCACGCGCGUGCUCGUCGCGCAGGCGCCGCGCGCGCUCGCCCGCGCCGCGCGCGUGCUCGUGCUGCAGCACGGGCGCCUCGUCAGGCAAGGUCCCCCGGAAAUGGUCCUGAACGACAUUGACGAGUUCCCGAGUGAAACUGAAUCCAUAGGAGAGGAACCACCGCGGCAACCAGAUGAAGAACAGAAAGAUCAAGACGAUACACAGCAAAAUGACCUUGAGGAAGAUGAAGCAAUGUCCCAAGGGACUGUAAGCUCUUGGGUGAUUGGACUUUACCUGAAGUCUGUCGGGAUAUUCCUCACCAUAAUCAUAAUACUCUCAUUGAUACUCAUGCAACUGUCACAAAAUUUCACAUUCCUUUGGCUCACAUUUUGGUUAAAGAAUAGAACAAAAAAUUCCACCACAGUAGAUUCGGCUUUCAUAGACGUGCCACACGAAAAUAUAACGGUUUUGGACCACGGAAUGAACGUUUUGGACAAUAUUGCGCAUGUUCUAGUAAAUUCUACAUUAAAAUUAAUUGCCAAUAUGGGUAUGUAUAAUGCAACCGUCAAUGAACCAAUCAACUCGACUCCCGUUUUGACUACGGUUCCACUAUUUGCCAACGGCACACCAGUGUACAACGAUGAGUUUUACUUAGAAGUAUAUUUUGGUUUGGCCGGCUUAAAUUUGCUCGUGACGAUCAUGAGAGCCUUCUUGUUCGCGUAUGGAGGAGUUCAAGCAGCAUCAAAAAUACAUAGAGUUCUGCUAAAAGUUAUUGUGAAGGCUAAAGUGAAAUUUUUCGACGUGACGCCUAUUGGGAGAAUACUCAAUCGUUCAUCUGACACAUACACUGUUGACGACUCUUUGCCCUUCAUCUUAAACAUACUGCUGGCACAAUUCUUUGGACUUGUUGGUGCCAUUGCGGUGACUUUGUAUGGUAUACCAUGGUUGCUUGUGGGGGUGAUACCAUUGGUGUUCAUCUACUAUUGGCUGCAGAGGAUAUAUCGCAUCACAUCGAGACAACUCAAAAGAUUGCAAAGUGUCACCCUGUCGCCCGUAUACUCACACUUCAAUGACACACUCGAGGGAGUGCAGACGCUGCGCGCGCUGGGCGCGGGCGCGCGCUGGGCGGAGCGCGGCGACGAGCUCGUGGCGGGCUGGCAGCGCGCGGCGCUCGCGGCCGCCGCGGCGGCGCAGUGGCUCGCGCUGCGCCUGCAGGCCGGCGCCGCCGCGCUCGUCGCCGCCGCCGCGCUGCUCGCCGUGCUGCAGCGCGCCGUGCACGUCGCCGACCCCGGAUUGGUGGGCCUCGCCAUCUCUUACGCAUUAUCAUUGACAUCAAUGUUGAGCAACGUUCUUAACGCAUUUACGGAAACGGAAAGAGAAAUGAUAGCUGUGGAACGAGUCGGAGAGUAUAUUAGACAGGUCGAAACGGAAAUAGAUGGGAAUCCACCACCAUACGGAUGGCCGUUUCAAGGUGUUAUAGAAUUCGAAGAUGUCUAUCUCAAUUACAGUGAUAGAGAAGGCAGUUCACCCGCGCUAUGUGGCGUGACGUUCUCGAGCUGGCCGGGCGAGAAGCUGGGCGUGGUCGGCCGCACGGGCGCCGGCAAGAGCUCGCUGCUGCACGCGCUGCUGCGCCUGCGCGCCCCCUCCGCCGGCCGCGUCCUCGUCGACGGCGUCGAUGUCGCCACACUACAUCUACAUGCACUGAGAUCACGCAUAGCGGUGGUCCCGCAGGAGCCGUUCAUAUUCUCGGGCAGCAUUCGCGAUAACGUUGACCCGUUGCGGCAGUACCUGGACGCGGAGGUGACACGCGCGCUAGAGGCGUGCGGCGCGUGGGGCGCGGUGCGUGCGCGCGGCGGGCUGGCGGCGGGCGCGCGGGACCUGUCGCGCGGCACGGCGCAGCUGCUGUGUCUCGCGCGCGCGCAGCUGCAGCGCGCCAAGAUACUCCUCGUCGACGAGGCGACAGCGAAUUUGGACCACGAAGCAGAGAGAUUGAUCUUAGACACAAUCCGUUGUUCGUUCGGCGGGUCAACAGUAGUGUUCGUGGCGCACAGGAUGACCGGCGUGCUGGAGUGCUCGCGCGUGCUCGUGCUGGGCGGCGGGAAGGUGCUGGAGCUGCGCACGCCCGACGACGCGCUCGCAGACCACGGCUCGCAUCUUUACAGUCUAGUGUUCGGCUCAUAAACGAUACGUAUAUUAUUAACUAAGGUAUUAACAUAUUCCAUAUUAUAUAAUGCUUGCAAAUAUAAUGUACAAUACGUGUAAAUUAUGUUUUCCAUUUUUGCUAAUUUGUUGCUAUGUAUUUAAGUAUGCCAAAAUAAAAAUAUACAGCUUGAAUGUAUAAUAUUAUGGUUACACACAUUUAGGAGUGAUAUUGAAAUGGAAACUAAAAUAAUGUGAUAAUUCGUAAAACUUAUUUAUGGUUACACUUUGCUUAUAUGAGAGGUUGUACUUGACGAUUUUGUUUUUUUUUUUUUAUUUAGUAUGUAAUUAUUUUUGUAGCUGACAUUUAAUAUUUUUACAUUUCGAAGGUCAAAAAAUAAUUAUAAAUCGUUUUUUUUUGUUACGAGCACGGCAAACUGACCCCACUGAUGGUAAGUGGAGUGGGAUCCAAUAAAAUGUCGAUUGACGAGAGGUGAUUAUCAGUCGACAGACACUACAAUUAUUCUGGCCUGUCCAGCAUAAUUGUGACGACUGUCGUCGAAGGCGCUUCAUCUGUCAUCUCAUCAUACACAGGCUGAUCACAGAAAAUGACACACUUACAUGGGCCACUGUUGUGGGUUUUAACACCUUGUGUACGUUGGUCGUUAUCCGGAUGGAUAUAAAAUAUAUCCUACCACCUGGUAGUAACCGCUGGUGUGAUUAAUAUGCAUAAUGUAAUAAUUUUGGUUAUAAUUUAACAUGAUAUUUAUUAUUCGUUAAGGUUAUCUCUCAAUAGGUUGAUGUAAUGUUGCUAUUUUCUAUGCUAAGGUAUGCAAACUUAAUCCUUACUUUUUAAAGCAACGAUAAAAAAAAAAUUUAUCACGGCAGAUUUCGUCUCUAUGUUGAUAAUUGACCAAUUUGACCAGUCAUUCAUGUUUCCACUUAAACGAUUGUAUCGCGCAUAAUGGAUUAUUUAUGUGAUUUUUGUGAGUCAAGUAGUAAAAUAUCAGGUCACCAUAAACUUAUACAGAUCAUUUGUAUAAUGGAUUGUAUUAUUGUGCAUAUGGGACCGUUUUCAAUAUAACGAUCCCAAUUUUAAUCUCCGAUAACAUCCCGAGAUUAAACCAAUCCAAAUAUAUCCCAAUGUAUAGUUGUAAGUAUGUCAAAUAAAAUCUUAAUGCCGAUUGGUCUAUUUUCGAGUUGGAUUGGAAAAAGCUAUUAAAAUCUUUUAUCGAAGUCAGUAGAUAAUGUAUUUCGAGACUGAUCUAUGUAACUAGUCAAUGGAAAUCGGCGUCGUUAUUUAUAACUACUCGAUAUUAAAAGCUUGAAUGGUAGUUAAAGUUGACAUUUCCUGUCUUCAUACUAAGACCUAGUUUUUCAAUUAUCUUAUAAUAAUUAUUCGUUGGAAAAAACAUAACAACAACAAAUAAAUUGAAUUGCAACUGUAACGAUAAAUAAAUGAACCAUUUGACCAUUAACCCUUACUGUUUGCAAUAAAAAACAAAGAGAAGUUGCAAAGAUCGAAAUUAGAGAAAACCUAAAAUCCCCUAAAAUUUUAUACAAAAUUGAAAGUAAGACUUAUAGAUCGCACACCUCUAGUCUUAGCUCUAACUGGUUCGUAUACGAAGGGUUCAUUGUCUGGGAAAAUAUUAUCCUGCAACAGCGAGUUGCGAAUAUUGAGUUCAGAAGUUGCAUUGCUAAAAUUAGGUUUAAAACUAUGAUUACAUAAUUUAUAAUUUUAUGUGUUUAGUAUAUGGCUGUGAGUGAUUUGGUCAUUUUCAUUGAUUUGACUUUUAUAGUAGGUUUUUAAAAUAGGCCAAUAUCAUAGAUGGAUAGACGAUGUACGUAUAUAAUAAUAUAAUAUACUUAGUCGAUUUACAUAAUUAAUGUUAUGUUAAAAACCAUACAAGUUUAUUUAUUUGUUUGCACCAGGUUUUUGAUGUUGGCGUAAAAGAUUGAAUAUCUUGAGUCACAUGUUAUUGGUAAACGGAUAGAACAUAGAAAGCUUGGUAAUGGCAAUUAUUAAUACCUUUAUAAAGAUAACUGUAAAGCCCCGUAGCAAUAUAAUUAAAGUGGGGCCCACCUGACAUGAGAAAUGCCUACUCAAAUAUAUUUUUUCCAGCUACUAUUUUUUACGCCACUGGAUAACGAAUGUGUAACGUAAAGAUUUUUCAUUGUGAUGAGUCACAAGACACAACGAAAUAACGAAAAUAUCAUUUACGUAUUUUAAAUUAAAAAAACCAUUUGCGACUCUUAUUGAUUAAUUUGUUUAAUCAAUUUUAUAUAAUAUCUAUAAUAUGAUCGAAAAUAAGCUAUUUGUGUAAUAAAUUAAUUAUAAUGUUGAUAAGUAGAUUUUAUUAUAAUGACAAGAAGUAUUUUUACAUGCCUAAUAAUAUAAAUUAUAUUGGAAGAUGUUAAAUGUCUUAUGUUGUAGGUAUGAAUAGUUAAUAGUUUUAGUAUUAGUUAUUAGUCUCUUAAUGAUUAAAUAUUUUAAUUAAAAUUUAUUUUACACAUCUA